GAUCGGGGUGGGGGGGGAGGGAAAAAUAGGUGUUGGGGCCGAGACAUCACACGGAGCCGCGACAUUGGCCGCACGCAUGUAUAAAUCAAAUAAAGUGUUGAUGAGCAAAGGGACCUUGGAGUGCAGGUUCAUAGUUCCUUGAAAGUGGAGUCACAGGUAAACAGAUCCUCGAGACAAGGGUACUGAACACAAGGAGAACAAAUAAUGGGUCUAAAAACCUUUACACACAAUUCUCCAGUCCAUGGUCAAGAGCUCCUUGGAAAAUUAAACAAACUCCGUAAUGAAGGACAUUUCUGUGAUGUAACAAUUCGAGUUCAGGAUAAGAUCUUCCGAGCCCACAAAGUGGUCCUUGCUGCUUGCAGUGAAUUCUUCAGGGCAAAACUUAUAAAUCAAUCAGAUGCAGAUGAGUGCAUUUUGGAUUUGAAUCACGUGACUGUUAGUGGGUUUUCACCAUUGCUAGAAUAUGCAUACACUGCUACACUUGCCAUUAAUACUGAGAACAUUAUUGAUGUCUUGGCAGCUGCAAGCUAUAUGCAGAUGUUUCAUGUAGCAAAUACCUGUUCAGAGUUCAUGAAAUCAAGUAUCCUGUGGAAUACAAGUAGUAAUCCCCCAGGACCUAUUCCUUCACUACCUCAGGAGAGUAGUGGAGCUUGCAUCGUUCAGUCCCACGAUGACAGCCUAUCACCAGUGUCAUCAGAAUGUAGUUCAGUUGAGAAGAGUAAGCCCAGGGAGUCUCGCCGAAAGCGAAAGAAUUUCAUAAUGAUAUCACCAGAGAGUCCUACUGAAUCUGCUGCUCAGCCCAACUGUUCACAAGUUUUAAACGCUUCAGUGACCUUUUCAGAUAGCAACAGGACCCAGCAAUGUGUGGACUCGUCUGUGUCAUUUCAGUGGACAUACCCAUUGGGUGGUGAUCGGCGGACGCAAACUGAAAAAAGUAAACAAACAGAAAAUGCUAGAAUCUCGGAACAGACUGUGAAUGCAGAGGUAACAGGAAGACUACCUGAAUUUACUGCUUGUGAAAGCACAAAAGCAACAUCGUCCCCUGUAAUAGAAGAUGAUGUACGGAUCAAAGUUGAAAGGUUAAGUGAUGAUGAAGGUCAUGAAGUGGUAUCACAACCUGUUAGUGCUUCUCAAAGUUCACUUAGUGACCAUCAAACUGUACCAGGCAGUGAACAAGUUCAAGAGGAUUUAUUGAUCAGCCCACAGUCUUCCUCUAUAGGUUCAGUAGAUGAAGGAGUUACAGAAGGUUUACCAACACUUCAAGGCACUUCCAAUGCCAACAAUCACGCAGAUGAUGAUGAUAGGUUGGAGAGUGGACAGUACUCCUACCAGCUAUACAUCAACCCUUCCACAAGUGGCACGGAGAGACCCAGUCCAAACGGUCCUGAUAAGCCUUUUCAGUGCCCCACAUGUGGUGCAAGAUUUACUCGUAUCCAGAACCUCAAACAGCACAUGCUUAUUCACUCAGGUAUAAAACCCUUCCAGUGUGACAGGUGUGGAAAAAAGUUCACAAGAGCAUAUUCCCUAAAGAUGCAUCGUCUCAAGCAUGAAGGCAAACGAUGUUUCCGAUGCCAGAUAUGUAGUGCAACAUUUACUUCAUUUGGUGAAUAUAAGCAUCAUAUGCGUGUUUCAAGGCACAUUAUUCGAAAACCAAGAAUCUAUGAGUGUAAAACAUGUGGUGCCAUGUUUACUAAUUCUGGAAACUUAAUUGUACACCUGAGGAGCCUGAAUCAUGAAGCAUCUGAGCUAGCAUCCUACUUCCAAGGAAGUGACUUCAUUGUGCCAGACUACCUGAAACAGGAGCAAGAGGAGGCCCUGGGUCAGUAUGAUAUCGGAGACAAUGGUUUUGAUAACAACUCAGCAGUGCAAAUGCCAGUUAUUUCACAAGUGUCAUCCACACAGAACUGUGACACUGGAUUCCCACUCGGACACUUGGCUGGACUUAUGAACAAGGAUGAUGAAAUAAUGGAAGAGCAGAAGACAAAUGGCUCAGAUGUAAAUGGAAUCCUGAGUGCAAGAGAAGAUCUACAUAAGAGAGGUUCUCCAGAGGAAGGGCCUCAUAUCCUUUACAAUUAAAUUAGCCCUCGUAGUUAAACUUCAAUUCUUUUGGAGAAAGUGCCUGGACCUGGAUCAAAUGAUUCUUGGAGCUUUUCUUCCAGACUCUGAACUAUUACUUAAAAUAGGUCAAAAUUGUAUUAUUUGAUCAUCAAAGGUUUCAGACAUGUCAAUGGGCCUUCACUUAUUUAAAGCACAUUAAACCACACGUUCUUAAUUCACACAGCAGGCCUCGACCUUGGAAGAAGCAGUGGUAUAGCUCUUGAACAACUUACAGCAAGCAGCACCUUUUAAAGAUGUUUUACAUUAUACUUUCAUAAAGCUGCUAAGUCAUAUUGGCAUCAAGGGACACAUACUAGGAUCAAAGUUUGAAAUGCUGCAUUGGUGGAAAGGAAAAACUCAUCUGAUUUUACCUGCAUCAAGUCACUGGAAACAUAACAAGUAUUUAAAUACUACAUAAACAUUAUCUGCCUAAACCAAUUUUGACAGAUAUGUUAAAUACUUUUUUAAAAAAAAAUUGAAUGAUAUUCACAGGGUAUGAAAAUUCAAAAUAUUCCAUCAAUAAGUGGAUUUUUUCCAGCAAAAAAUACAUUUAUACAAUAAUACAAACCUUUUUAAUCAAUAAGAAUUUGAAGUUGGCAUUUUGAAUACAAAUGCUAGUCUGGCUAUCUAUUCCUGAAAUGUCGCCGCUUUUAAUGCACUCCAAAUUGUGCCAUAUGCCUAUCUGUACAAUCAGAUGGUUUUUGGUUACUUGUUCAAAGUACCACCUAAUGAUGGGAGUAGCGGAAGGGAAGAGUUGCUGAAAAGCCAUGAACACUUUUCAGUCAGCCACCUGGCCUUUUGAAGAGUCAUUUGACCGUUACAUUCCUGACUGAAAAUUAAUGUUCAAGUCGCUGUUUUUCCAGUUCAGGAAAGUAAAAAAGAUUUUGUUCAGCAUAACAGUGAUAAAAUUCAUGUCUUUUGAGAGGAAAAUUAUGAUAAAUUAGUUUCCUGGCCAACUGGGUGAGGAACCUUGAGGGAUCCAUCAAGAUUCGGUUCCAGGGCUAUUAAAUAUUUGGCUCUGACCUAGUGCCACCAAAGUGUGACCUUUUUUACAUCUAUGUAAUUUAAAACUAGAAAUAUUCAGAUGUUUUCCAGUGCAUAUUUUACUAUAAAUCUGAACUAAUGGUGAAUGCAUAUUCCCUUCAGAAGUGUUUAGCUACUUUUUAGUCUCUUGUAACUUGUGGAUGUGCGUUAACAUUGACACCACAGUUGGUGGCACGUUAGUGAAGAGUAUUUUCAGGGAGCUUGUUUGCCUUGGCUGUUGUUGAAUCAGUGGUUUAUUGCAAACUUUUCUAAAACUGAAGUUUUUUGUGCUAACAGAUAGCUGGUUUUAAGCUUAAAUGUUCAAACUUAGAUUUCUACAGCUGUUAAAGAUUUUUUUAAACAAUCUACACAAUUUGCUGUUUUGUGACGUGUUCACCUUUUUGAAGGUGUAAAUUACAAUUGUUGAUUCAUUUGUUAAUAUGUGCAUAGGAUCAUGUAAUAUUUUGACAAUCUGAAAGCAUGCUGUGAUUGAUUAAAGCAUGUGUGUUUUUCUUUAUUUUUUAGUAACUUCUGUAGUCUUGGUAUUGAAAAUAUUUAGGAAGUAGCAGUCCUGAGAGUAAAGCACAGAUAACGAUGAUUGUUUGGGUUGUGUUCAAAUAAAUAUAUUCAGUUAUGUGUUAACCUUACCAGCAAUACUGAAAGAUUCCUGUCUGGGUAGCCAGAGUACCUUGUAGAGAAGUAGAAGCUGAAGGUUUUCUGGAAACAGAUGGAAAACCCUCUUCGUGUUAAUUUUGUAUGUGAGGAGUAUAACUAAAUGUAACACUAACCAUACAUAGAAUUGGAUGUUUAUCAUAAAGAUGUUUGACAAUCCAACUUUGUCAGGUCAGUCAUGUGGUGGUAAGGAUUCUGUAUUCCCUCAGUUAUGUUGCUUUCCAUUCUGCAAGUGUAGUAGUUUCUAUGACUAUCAAACUGUUCAACAUCCAAAAAAAACGUUCACUGAUUAGUUGCAGAGAUUUUUGUUUGAUGAAAAUCUUUGGUGUUCUUAAACAUUAUAACCGAAGAUGUUUUAAGUAAUUCCAAAAACACUACCUUGCUGUUUUAGUUUAAUUUUAGCCUAUUUGUCACAUGAAUCAAACUUUGGAGCUUAUAUUGUUUAUUUUUAAAACAUAUGCAUGUUAAUUAUAGAAUGGGCUGUACUGCAGUGACUAUCUUAUUGUAAACAUCUGAGUAACCAGCAUUGCAGCUCUCAUGAUUUACUUUUAUUGUAACUUCAAAAUAUAAAUAAUCCUACAUAUCACAUUUCUAUUGGUUUUUUCAGUCCAGUCUUUCAGCAGUCAAGGAAUAUCCUUUUAUUCAUUACAAGUGAAAGGUACAGCCAGGAUAAUUUUGUCAUUUCUGUGCGUUGUGCAAAGGUUUUUGAAAAGUACUGAAACAAUAGUUGCAUUUACAUGCUAAAAAACACCUUUACAAGUCAACACAAGGGAAGUGGAUGCCUAAGCGGGAAGAUUUUAGCAACAGUGGAUGUUUUUACAAAAAUACCAUGUUGCUUAUCUUGUUACAUUUAUUAAUGUAUCAUGUUUUUAAUUGUUUUCCAUUACUAAAAGGUUCUAGCAUACCAGAGGGGGUGAAUGGUAAUCAACCAUUCAUGAUGAUUGCUAUUCUAAACUAAAAGAAAUUUGUAGGUACAGUCAGUGAUACUACAGUAAUUGUCCAGUUUGUUUACAUGGGCAUGAAUAAAAUUAAAACAUUUGUGUAUCUGUAGUAGUAGAUGCUGAAGUAGUUUCUUUUUAAUUGCAUUUAUAUACUUUGCAUUCUUGGAAAGCCCAGCACUUUGUCACUCUACAUUUUGGUGAUCUUAAACUCAUAUUCCCAUCACUGCCAUAAACUGUUUCAAGGACAUUAAUAAAGCUGAGCCUACAGUGUCCCUGUUGUGGUCACCUACUUGUACAUACUGUAUAGUCUAAUGACUUGGAAAUAUUGCUAACAUGUUGAGCAAGGAUUCAGAUGGAAUUUUUGAUAGUAUGAUUGUCAGUAAAUUGGAUAUUUUUUGGCUUGAAAACCUGUUUUUUGUCGGUUUGACUCCAUGACAGGCUAGUAUUUUAAAUCAUAGCCAACAUUGAUUUUUUUUUAAAGUCCAGUUUUAAUUUGUUUGAAUGAUAAAUGUAAGAAGCUUUCUGUUCUGGCUAUGGUUUCACUAUAUUCAUCCUGUUGUGGGGUGGGCCUAUAUGUGUGUGUGUGUGUGUGUGUGUGUGUGUGUGUGUGUGUGUAUAUAGGGAAAAGUUCACAUAUUCUAUUUUCAUGCUCAUAUGGUCACAAGAGGCAAGUAGCACUGUAUAAAGUUUGAUAAAAUAAUACUGCAGUUGAUAAUCUGUGUGGAAAUUAUAAAUAAAACUCUUUACCAUUAUAUACUGCAUACUGUGGUGUGCAUGUUUUUGUCAAAAUAAAAAUAUUCUUUUCACAGUCAAACACUUUUUAAAAAAAAUCUUCGGUCUAUUAUAUUUAUAUUGAAACUGUGUAACUGUAGAAAACCAAGUCGGUGUAACUGUUUUUAACAACUAACCCAAAUAAAGUGAAGGCCAAACUUAUGGCA